AUGGGCGACGUCGAUCCAGAAACGUUGCUGGAAUGGUUGUCUAUGGGACAAGGAGAUGAAAGAGACAUGCAAUUAAUUGCUUUGGAGCAGCUAUGUAUGCUUCUUUUGAUGUCAGAUAAUGUUGAUCGUUGUUUUGAAAGUUGUCCGCCACGCACAUUUUUGCCAGCAUUGUGUAAGAUAUUUUUAGAUGAGCUUGCACCUGAAAAUGUGCUCGAAGUGACCGCAAGGGCAAUAACGUAUUAUCUGGAUGUAUCUGCGGAAUGCACACGCCGAAUUGUUUCCAUCGAUGGUGCAAUUAAAGCAAUCUGCAAUCGUUUGGUUGUUGCUGAUCUCUCAUCAAGAACAUCUCGUGAUCUUGCAGAGCAAUGCAUCAAGGUUCUUGAGCUUAUUUGCACCAGGGAAGCAGGAGCGGUUUUCGAAGGUGGCGGACUCAAUUGUGUCCUUUCAUUUAUUCGGGAUAGUGGAUCUCAAGUACAUAAGGACACUUUACACUCGGCAAUGGCUGUUGUUUCGCGACUCUGCACCAAAGUGGAGCCAAAUUCACCCUGUAUUGAUAAUUGCGUUGAGAGUUUAAGCACUUUGCUCCAACAUGAGGAUGCAAUGGUUUCAGAUGGCGCUUUAAAAUGUUUUGCAUCGGUUGCUGAUCGUUUUACAAGAAAAUGGAUUGAUCCCGCUCCCCUAGCUGAAUAUGGUUUAGUUACGGAGCUAUUAAAACGUCUGGAAAAUGCUGGUGGUGCCAGUAAUCAUCAUUCUCUGUCCGCAACGAAAAUCAGUGGACCGCAAACAGCAACAGCCACUGCAACUCAAACACCAAACCCAACCCCAAAUUCGGAUCGUUUAAACGAUAAUGUUUCUGGAACAGCUGCAAACACAUCUAACAAAAUUCAACCAAGUGAAUCAUUUCGAUCACCACAAUCGAUUUCCACAACCAUUUCGUUAUUGUCCACAUUGUGCCGUGGAUCACCUUCGAUUACACGGGAUAUUCUAAGAUCUCAGUUGCCGAAUGCAAUUGAACGAGGCCUCAAAGGCGAUGAGAGAUGCGUGCUCGACUGCAUGCGAUUUGCAGAUCUGUUGCUGCUCCUCUUGUUUGAAGGUCGGCAAGCCCUGAAUCGUGGCAACGCCAACUCCAGUCAGGGACAAUUGGCUCCGCGUCCAAAAAGAAAUGACGCCAGCAAUGAUCGCACACAUCGUCAACUCAUUGAUUGUAUUCGAUCAAAGGAUACAGAGGCUUUGCAGGAGGCAAUUGAAGCAUGCGGCGUCGAUGUCAAUUGUAUGGAUGACGUUGGACAGACUCUGCUUAAUUGGGCAUCUGCCUUUGGCACAUUGGAGAUGGUCGAAUACCUUUGUGAAAAGGGCGCUGAUGUCAACAAAGGACAAAGAAGUUCAUCCCUUCAUUAUGCUGCUUGCUUUGGGCGUCCCGGCAUUGCCAAGAUCUUAUUGAAAUUUGGAGCUUAUCCAGACUUGCGAGAUGAGGACGGAAAGACGCCUCUGGACAAGGCACGAGAAAGAUCAGAUGAUGGGCACCGUGAGGUUGCUGCGAUUCUGCAAUCACCGGGAGAAUGGAUGUCUUCUGGUCACUUGCUUGCCAGCAAGGAUGGCCAAGCAUACACAUUAAUGGAACCACGAGGUGAUCCUGAAAUGGCACCCGUUUAUCUAAAAUUACUGCUGCCCAUAUUCUGUCGAACCUUUCAAGGUUCCAUGCUCAGCAGUGUGCGACGAGCAAGUUUGGGACUCGUCAAGAAGAUUGUGCAGUAUGCUCAUCCCUCGGUGCUUAAGAGUAUCUGCAUCAAAUCGGAUGAAGCCACAACAUCAAUUGCAGCUCAAAAUGUUGGAAACUUACUAACCGAAGUUAUUGCCAGCGUAUUGGAUAGCGAGGAUGACGAAGACGGUCAUGUAAUAAUCUUAAAUAUCAUUGAGGAACUAAUGUGUAAGACACAGGAGGAAUUUCUCGAACAUUUCGCUAGACUCGGCGUAUUUUCGAAAGUUCAGGCUUUAAUUGAUCACGGCGAAGAUGGCGGAUCGCAGCUGCUUACAGCAAGCUCUCAAGAUUUGUCUGCGUCAUCACAGAGAUGCCCAGUGCUAUGCAUGCCACAUAGAUCAGCUUCAGACGAUUCUAUGGAAGAUGCUAAAGAGAUUCUGCAAGGAAAGCCGUAUCAUUGGCGUGACUGGAGCAUUUGUCGCGGACGUGAUUGUUUAUAUGUUUGGUCGGAUUCUGCAGCCCUAGAACUUUCGAAUGGCUCUAAUGGAUGGUUUCGUUUUAUACUUGAUGGCAAGUUAGCCACAAUGUACUCAAGCGGAAGUCCAGAGAACGGCAACGAUAGUUCAGAAAAUCGUGGAGAGUUUUUGGAGAAACUUGUGCGUGCCAGAUCGAGUGUGAGUCCUGGAACGCCAUCACAGCCUAUAUUGCCCACGGUGUGUGUGUUGCGGCUUGUGGUUGGCAAUUGGGUAUUGCAAUCGCAUAAGCCGAAUCAACUGCAGAUACACAAUACGGAGGGACACCAGGUGACCAUAUUGCAGGAGGAUUUGCAAGGAUUUAUAUUUGAAAGCAACCGGGGAACGAAACAUUCGUUCACAGCUGAAACUUCAUUGGGUGCAGAUUUCGCUUCCGGAUGGUCAACGGAGAAGAAGAAACGCAUCAAGUCAAAGACGGAUGUGCAAAAGAUACAAGUGCGCAACUUAUCGCGUGAUAUUUAUAACAAAUACUUCAAGUCAGCUCAAAUAAUACCGCGUGGUGCAGUUGCGAAAUUAACAGCGAUUGUCAAGCAAAUCAAUUUGGCAAUUGAACAGCAACGUAUGUGUAAUAACAACACAUGGUCAAAUACGUUGUUUACAUCGUUGACAAACUUGUCCCAGUUGAUACAUGAAGAUGGCGUUGUGAGUGCCUAUGAAAUGCAUUCCUCGGGCUUGGUUCAAGCGUUAGUUGCUGUUUUGUCUAAUAACUAUUGGGAAAAUAAUUUGUCGCGCUGCAAAACCAACAAAAUGUUGAAAGAACGCAUCGAUAUAUUCAAGAAAUGCAUUUUCGGAGAUUGCAAUGAGGCAAACAAAUACGAUACGAAAAAUACGGCCAGUAUUUUAAUACAAAAACUUGUCGCUGUCUUGGAAAGCACCGAAAAAUUGCCAGUGUUUCUUUAUGAUGCUCCAGGCACUGGAUAUGGCCUACAGAUAUUACAGAAGCGUUUACGCUUCCGGCUGGAACGUUCAUCGUGCGAAAGUACGCUGUUUGAUCGAACGGGACGUACUCUGAAAAUCGAACCCUUGGCGACAGUGGGACAACUUGCUAAAUAUUUACUUAAAAUGGUAGCUAAACAAUGGUACGAUCUGGAUCGUUCUACUUUCUUCUAUUUAAAGAAGCUGCGCGAACUUAAGCCCGAUAUAACAUUCACAUACGGCUUUGAUUUUGAUGAAGAGGGUUUAAUGUACUACAUCGGUUCGAAUGGAAGAACCUGCGAAUGGGUUAAUCCAGCGCAAUAUGGACUUGUGCAAAUCACUAGCUCUGAGGGAAAGACAUUGCCCUAUGGCAAACUCGAGGAUAUAUUAUCGCGUGAUAGCGUUUCUCUAAACUGUCAUACCAAGGAUAAUAAGAAGGCUUGGUUUGCCAUCGAUCUGGGAGUAUAUAUUGUUCCAACCGCAUACACUUUGCGCCAUGCUCGUGGCUAUGGUCGCUCGGCGCUUAGGAAUUGGCUAUUGCAAGCCUCAAAAGAUGGCAUUAAUUGGGUGACUCUUAUUACUCACGUGGACGACAAGAGUUUGGUCGAACCGGGAAGUACAGCAACUUGGCCAAUCAUUUGUGCUUCGGAUGAUGCAAAGGGAUAUCGACACAUUCGAAUUCAGCAGAACGGUCGAAAUGCAUCUGGACAGACGCAUUAUUUAAGUUUGAGUGGAUUUGAGAUUUACGGACGUGUUGUGGGCGUUUGUGAUGACAUUGGCAAGACGAUUAAAGAAGCUGAGGCAAAAACAAGGCGUGAACGAAGACAGAUACGCGCCCAACUUAAGCAUAUUACUAGUGGAGCACGCGUCGUACGCGGAGUUGAUUGGCGCUGGGAUGAUCAGGAUGGUUCCUGCGAGGGUACAAUAACUGGAGAGAUACACAAUGGUUGGAUUGAUGUUAAGUGGGAUCAUGGAGUCCGCAAUUCAUAUCGCAUGGGUGCUGAGGGCAAAUACGACUUGAAGUUGGCCAACUUGGAAAGCGUCUCGGUCUUUGAGGGCGGCAACUCUAUUGCUGGCGCCAAGAAAAAUGAUAAAGGUAAUGUGUUGACAUCACGCAAAUCAAGUUCGACUCCAUCGCUUCCAGAAGCAACUGAGAUAAAUAAGAACGCCGAGGAUGCAUCCAAUCAAACAGUUUCGGCAGAUAAUCUCGCUUGGAAACAGACCGUGGAGACGAUUGCUGAGAAUGUAUUCAUUUCGGCUAAGACACAGAUUACAACGAAUCAAUCUAACACAGCUUUGACACGAGACACUCAAGCCACAUUUAGUGAAGCCAGUUCCGGAUCCGAUCAAACUUUAACAGCUAAAACAAAUAUUCCAUCGCCUUUAAUACGCGAAUUGGAACACAUUGCCGACUUAUCCACAAUUAACAAUUCAAUGCCAACAAUAAGCUCAGGCAAUGUCUCUGACCUGGCCACAAUUUCCGAAGGUUUAUCCAUUGUUGAAAUUUCAAAGGAUGGCAAUAGUCCAAAGCCUGCAGAGUGUGAGUCCUGCGAAACAAGCUCUGGUGCUGCAAGCGAUGUCAAACUAGUUUCUCACAUUGAAGAAAACAACAAGAUGAAUGCCAACAACUCGGUGAAUAAUGCAGCUAAAGGAUUGUUGAUUAAUUUAAAGCAAACGAAUUCAACUGGCACCUCAAAUUGUGGCACAGAAUCUCGAGAGAUCAUUGAUAAAAUGCGUGAUGGUGUGGACAUGAUAAGGAAUAACACUAACAACAUUUUGUCUGCUGAUGAACUGCAUUUGCAUCGGGCAAACAUAUCGGGAGGAAUUAAGGGUAAUGCAAAGGUAUCGGUCAUAAUACAGUCGGGUAAUCUUCAAAAGAAUGAGCAAGCAGAUGGAUCUGGUAGCGAUGCCACGAAAUCUUCCAUUCCUACGACUUCAGAUGACGCACCAGCAAUUUCAGCCUUUGAGAAUAUGAAUCCACAGAUUUCCAAUGAUGUUGUGUCCGUUUCUAACCAAAUGAGUAUUAGUGUACCCAAUCUGACAACAACAUCAUCCUCUGAGGUCUCUUCAACAUCCGAGGCAGCUGUGCACAGUGGAUUCCUGGAAACAUUCGCAGCGAUUGCUCGACGUCGAACAUCACAGGACACGCACAACGACGGAAACCAAACAAAUAAGACAAAUGUCAAUAAAAAUGAGCACAGCAAUCAGAAUGUUGGAGCUAGCUCCUUUUUCCCCCGAGGCCCCAACUCGGUAACAAGUCUAGUUAAACUAGCCUUAUCCAGUAAUUUCCAUUCGGGAUUGUUGAGCACCGCCCAAAGCUAUCCUAGCCUCUCAUCGAAUAACGAAGCAAAUUCUGCAUCGAAUCCAACAAAUAUGAAAGUUAGCCAACAGGCCGCACCAUCGAUUAACCCUACGCUAACCAUGAGUCUCACAUCCACUUCUAGUGACAGUGAACAAGUCUCGUUAGAAGAUUUUUUGGAAAGCUGCAGAGCCCCAACUUUGCUGGGCGACAUGGAAGAUGAGGACGAUAUGGAUGAAGAAAAUGAUGAAGAGGAGAAUGAGGAUGAAUACGAGGAAGUGGGUAAUACACUUUUACAAGUGAUGGUGUCGCGCAAUCUUUUAACUUUCAUGGAUGAUGAGUCUAUAGAGAAUAGACUGGCUGGCGUGAGCAAGCGUAAGUCCUGGGACGAUGAAUUUGUUCUAAAACGACAAUUUUCAGCCCUCAUACCAGCAUUUGAUCCACGUCCGGGUCGUACCAAUGUAAAUCAGACAUCUGAUUUGGAAAUCUGUCCGCCAGACACGAAUUUUGAGAGCUUCCAUCAAAGUAGACAAACAAACAAUGAACAGACAAUGCUGGGAUUGAAGUUACGUGGACCCGGACUGGGAGGAGUUCCAGAUGUCGAAAUUGAUCUGGAUAACAGCGAUUGGAGUAUAUUCCGUGCAGUGCAGGAACUACUUCAAAAUAGUCAAUUGAAUAAGAAUGAUAAGUUCCGCAAGCUUUGGGAACCAACAUAUACAAUUGUCUAUCGCGAAAUAUUCCCAUCAGUUCAAGAAUGCACAUAUUUAGAAACGGAUGAGGGACAAAAUACACCGGGCGUUUCAUCCCGAAGCGGAGCAUCUACACUAUCUCCAAACUCGCCAGUACAUGGUGGAUUAAGCGUCACAGAUACAAAUUUGUGCUCUGUCGAGGAUGUCCUCGAGUUGCUUAUCCAAAUCAACGGACUAAAUCAAUCCGAAUUGGAAAAUGAAGAGCAAGCUUCAUCAGAGAAUUUGUUGCUACCAGCUGAACUUUUUAUGAGCAAGAAAAUCACAAAUAAAUUGCAACAACAGAUACACGAUCCUCUCGUUCUGUCGAGCAACGCUCUACCAAACUGGUGUGAGGAUCUCAAUCAAUCUUGCCCAUUUUUGUUCCCGUUCGAGACCAGACAAUUAUAUUUCAACUGCACUGCAUUUGGAGCAUCUCGUAGCAUUGUUUGCUUGCAAUCUCAGCGUGACAUAACUACGGAGCGCCAGAGAAUUCCCAUCAUGAGUCCAAGGCGCGAUGAUCAACACGAUUUCCGCGUCGGUCGAUUGAAGCACGAGCGCGUAAAAGUCCCACGAAACAAGGAUUUGCUAAAAUGGGCAAUUCAAGUGAUGAAAGCACACUGCAACCGCAAAUCUGUGCUUGAGGUUGAGUUCUUGGAUGAAGAAGGCACAGGAUUGGGUCCAACUCUGGAGUUCUAUGCUUUGGUUGCUGCUGAAAUUCAACGCUCCGAUUUGUGCAUGUGGCUCUGUGAUGAUGAACUGAGCGCAACUCUCGAUAUACCUUUAUCUGAUAAUAUCGAAGAUGCAACGAAACCAGUUGGAUAUUACGUAAACAGGCGAGAGCAAGGAUUGUUUCCAGCACCGUUGCCACAAAACUCGGAGAUCUGUGAGACGGCAUCCAAGUAUUUCUGGUUCUUUGGAGUGUUUAUAGCCAAGGUUUUGCAGGAUAUGCGGCUUGUCGACAUGCCUCUAUCAAAAUCGUUUCUACAACUGCUUUGUCAUAACAAAUUGUUACGAAACGAUUUAAAGCUCAAGUCCAACACACGUUCUCAAGAUCUGAUGGCAAGCUCAACAGUUUCCAAGGAUUCGGAGUUGACAAACACGUUCUCUAAACUGUUGAACGCCGAUCUAACACAAUCCAACUGGUUUAGUGGAAUUCUCAGCAUUGAGAAUCUAAAAGAAAUUGAUCCAACACGAUAUCAAUUUUUAAUCGAAUUACAAGAUCUACUGAUGCGAAAGCAAGCAAUUGAGUUAGACAGCAGUCUCAGCUGUGAAAAUAGAAAGGAAUUAAUUGAUAAUCUUAAGAUGCGCACGAAGAAUGAUAUUGAAGUAUCAUUAGACGAUUUAGCCCUAACAUUUACUUACUUACCCAGCUCAUCAGUGUAUGGAUAUACAUAUGCAGAACUAUUGCCAAAUGGCUCAAACAUCGAGGUCAACAUUGACAACUUGGAGGCAUACUGCGAAUUGCUUCUCAACUUUAUGCUUCAGGAUGGCAUUGCCAAGCAAAUGCAGGCGUUCCACGAUGGAUUCUGUCAAGUCUUUCCUUUGAAUAAACUGGCCGCAUUUAAUCCUUCUGAAGCUCGAAUGAUGAUCUGUGGAGAGCAAAUUCCCCAAUGGAGCCGAGAAGAUCUAAUGGCAUACACUGAACCAAAGUUGGGAUACUCCAAAGAAAGCCCUGGAUUUCUACGUUUUGUUAACGUUCUAUUGAGCUUAUCGGGUGCUGAACGAAAAGCUUUCUUGCAAUUCACAACUGGUUGCAGCAGCCUGCCUCCUGGAGGAUUGGCCAAUUUACAUCCUAGACUUACGGUCGUGCGUAAAGUUGACGCCGGACAAGGAAGUUACCCAUCAGUGAAUACUUGCGUUCAUUACCUAAAGCUGCCCGACUAUCCGUCAGAGGAGAUAAUGAAGGAACGAUUGUUAACAGCAACUAAGGAAAAAGGGUUUCAUUUAAAUUAAAAAAUAUGUAUUUCUUUGUAAUUUUUAUUCAAAUUUAAACUGGUUUUGCGCUUUGCAACAAUUUAAUGAUAUGUAAAUACAAAACAUACUAGAAAUUAGCAAUCCACUUAUCCAAAAUACUGUAAAAUAAUUAUAACUUAGUUAUCACUUUCAACUUUUCAAAAAAAAUAUUAUAUCAAUAAUUUGUGGUAAAACUCAAAACGUAUUUUAAUAAAUUGCCUUUGAUGUUGAAUCAUUU